AUGUGGCUGCUAGGAUUUUCAAAAGCCGUGGGAAUUUAUUCAACAGUAGAAGCUGAAUUAUGGGGAGUAUUAGAGGAGCUUAAGCAUGCAUGGAGACUAGGGAAGAGGAAAAUAAUCCUCGAAGCACUACACCUUCUAAGCAAGAAAGAUAAGGACGGAAAACCACUGACAAUACUUAAGCAUGCAUGGAGACUAGGGGAGAGAACAUGGACGAUCUCUUUAUCACAAGUAGGUCGAAAUGGCAACAAGACAGUAGAUCAAUUGGCAAAGCUGGCUAGGAAACGUGAGUUUGAAGGAAGAAUCAUGGCGGCACCUCCACCAGGAUACGGACUGAUUUCGGAUUAUCCAAAAAUUUGA